AUGGUUGAAGGACUAGGCGAGCUCAGGGUCCCGGGAGGAGUGGGCGCCCGAGGAGGAGGAGGGGGAGGGGGCCGCAGAACCUCCGCGGAAGCCCAGCCCGGACGCGAGCGGGGGAAGACGGCCUCCCUGCAGCCGCGGAGGCGCACCGUCCCUUCCCAGCGCCCCGUCCCUUCCCAGCGCCCCGGGAGCGCGUCCAGCCCCGCCGCUCGGGGCGGGACUCAGAGGCCCGGCGUCCCGCGUGGGGCUGGGGUGCGGCCCGUGCCGGACGCCCACGGCCCUGGGUGUCAUCUGUCCCCACGAGAGAGUUCCACGAGCCGGCGAGCGCGGGCGCCGCACGCGGUGAGGCUACGGCCGGGACGCGUCGGCUCCCACCAGGCCCGACCGCGCCGAGGCCCGUGCGGCAGCGCGCGCCCUGACACCCCGGCUCCCCGAGGCCCGCAGGGCGACCACAGCCCUGACACCCCGGCUCCCCGAGGCCCGCAGGGCGACCACAGCCCUGACACCCCGGCUCCCCGAGGCCCGCAGGGCGACCACAGCCCUGACACCCCGGCUCCCCGAGGCCCGCAGGGCGACCACAGCCCUGACACCCCGGCUCCCCGAGGCCCGCAGGGUGACCACAGCCGCCCACCGGCCGGGCAGCCACGCGGGCCCGCGCCCCUCCCACCCCCGAGAGCCCAAUGGCAGCCACGCGGGGCCCAGGCUCCUCCCACCCCCGAGAGCCCAAUGGCAGCGCCACGCGGGGCCCAGGCUCCUCCCACCCCCGAGAGCCCAAUGGCAGCCACGCGGGGCCCAGGCUCCUCCCACCCCCGAGAGCCCAAUGGCAGCCACGCGGGGCCCAGGCUCCUCCCACCCCCGAGAGCCCAAUGGCAGCGCCACGCGGGGCCGCGCCCCGCCCACCCCCGAGAGCCCAAUGGCAGCCACGCGGGCCCGCGCCCCUCCCACCCCCGAGAGCCCAAUGGCAGCGCCACGCGGGGCCCAGGCUCCUCCCACCCCCGAGAGCCCAAUGGCAGCCACGCGGGGCCCAGGCUCCUCCCACCACCGAGAGCCCAAUGGCAGCCACGCGGGGCCGCGCCCCUCCCACCACCGAGAGCCCAAUGGCAGCGCCACUCGGGGCCCAGGCUCCUCCCACCACUGAGAGCUCAAUGGCAGCCACGCGGGGCCCAGGCUCCUCCCACCCCCGAGAGCCCAAUGGCAGCCACGCGGGGCCCAGGCUCCUCCCACCCCCGAGAGCCCAAUGGCAGCCACGCGGGGCCCAGGCUCCUCCCACCCCCGAGAGCCCAAUGGCAGCCACACGGGGCCCAGGCUCCUCCCACCCCCGAGAGCCCAAUGGCAGCCACGCGGGGCCGCGCUCCUCCCACCCCCGAGAGCCCAAUGGCAGCCACGCGGGGCCCAGGCUCCUCCCACCACUGA